CCCCGCGGUGGCUCCGGGUCUGGGCCGGGCAGGAAGCCGGAAGCGCCGCGGCCCAGCUGAGCGACAUGGCGGGCGUUAAAGCUCUUGUGGCGUUAUCCUUCAGUGGGGCUAUUGGGCUGACUUUUCUUAUGCUGGGAUGUGCCUUGGAGGAUUAUGGUGUGUACUGGCCCUUGUUCGUCCUGAUCUUCCACGCCAUCUGUCCCAUCCCCCACUUCAUUGCCAGAAGACUAUCGGAUGACUCGGAUGCAACCAGCAGUGCCUGUCGGGAACUGGCUUACUUCUUCACGACUGGAAUUGUUGUGUCUGCCUUCGGGCUUCCUGUUAUUCUUGCUCGUGUGGCUGUGAUCAAAUGGGGAGCCUGUGGCCUCGUGCUGGCAGGCAAUGCCGUCAUUUUCCUGACGAUUCUAGGUUUUUUCCUUGUCUUCGGAAGAGGAGAUGAUUUUAGCUGGGAGCAGUGGUAGGACUUUGUUCUGAUAAAAUGCAUUUAAUUUCUUAGAAUUCAUACUAUGUGUCUAUGUGCACAUGCGGCCUUUACUAUGACAUUUAGUAUGCUGGUUUUUUAUACCUUUAUAUCACGUUCACUUUAAGGAAGACUACGUGAGAAAAAGAUUAGUUUUAUUCUCAUAGUCUGCAAAUAGACCUCUCCCUCGACUCAAGGUGAAUUCUGUUAUUUGUUUGGCUGUUCGUAUGGUCACGGUGCCCUCAGAAAGUACGUGAGCACAGUCUGGUAGCCAGCUACUCCCUUACACAGCGCACCUGCACCUCUUGCCUGGGGCUGGGCUUGGGAGGUAGGUGACACAGGAGCAGGUCUCAGUUCUGCUCAGGACUUCCAAGAUUUUUUGUGGCCCAGCAAGAGAGAUGUGGCUCCCUGUUUGUGCUGUAGAGUCUUGCUUCUCAUCCUGUGGCCCAUAGACCAAGAGCAUCGGCAUCUCCUAGGGGCUCAUUAGAAAUGCAGAAUCGGAGGCCCCACCCUGGACCCAGUGCAUUUUGUUGAGAUCCCAAAUGAAUCGUAUGCACAUUAAAGUUUGGGAAGUGCUGUCAUAGAGGAGUAGGCAUCACGCCCAGCUUGUCUUCCCCUUGGCUGAACCACUUAACCUCUCUGAGCGUUAGCUGCUCAUUUGUAAAAAUGGUUUUACCUGCCCUCCUGUUGAGGCCUGCUUCAGACUCUCUUUGGUGGAAUGUCCAAACCUAUAAUAUAUAGGCUGUUCCACAGGUUUGUGAAGCGUUCUCAGUAGGGAACAGCUAUGCCUUCUGAAAGGCAGUGGCUGUUUUCACGGUUCUGGGGGACAGAAUAACCCACCAGGAUGCAGAGAGGGUAGGCGGGGCUGAGACCAGUCCUACUUUAGCAGAUGAGGAAGACUAGAUGGGUAAUACUGUUUCAUUUCCCUUUAUAAUCUCACCCCCCCAGGCCCCCCCCCGUUCUGAUUUGCCCUCCCUUCAUCCACUUCAUCGUGGCUCUGGCUUCUUUCUACAUACACAUGGGAGCCAAGUAAGCAAGCAGAGAGUGAGCUGCUUAAUUUUCUUUAGAUGUUGGUGGACUUACUGUCUUUCAUGUCCUAUAGGACUUCAUAUAUAAAUAUAUAACACUUUAUGCCACUUUUAAAUGAAUCUUUGGGAAUGCAUGUCAUGGUGGAUCCUGUAAUCACAGUUUUUCUAGCUCAAUGUUUUGUCUAAGACCUUUUAAAAAAGGGAAAUAUGGGAAAUAGAACCACUUGAUCAGAAUAUAAGCAAUGAUUUUAAACCAUUGUUAAUGUGUGAUAACUAACAUAGAUUCAAAACACUGAAGCCUUGAUGUUUGUAAUCUGUGUAAUUAGCACCCCUUCAUAUUCUGAAAUGAUGCUGGGACCUGGAGAAGAUACCUAAAAGGAUAAUGUGCAAAGUUAUAUUUUGGCCUUGUGCAUGAUUUUAUGUUUUCAGUGUUCUGUGUACGUGUAGAAUUGUUCAAGUUGUUAUUACCAAUAUUUAUAUAGAAAAAUUAUAUAGGCACUAUAAUUUUAACCAGCAGUUUUAGUAACACUUGCACUUAUUGUAGUGUAAUAAAUUUCACUUUUAACACAAAAGAAAAGUUUAAUUUUAAAAGUCUUUAUUCUGAUGUAGCCUUGCUUAAAAGAUAACAAAAAAGUGAGAAUUUCUUAGUGUUCCAAAAUGGACAGUUUUGAGCAAAAAUCUGUCCUGCAAUAGAAUAAUAGCAAUAAGUUUUUAAGAUACUGUUUUGAAUGUCUUGUUGACUUGUAAUAGCUUUUAUUUUCCUAAGAUGGAAAUAGUGUUUAAUUUACACUACCUUUUGCAAAAGUGUCUUUGUUGCUUAUACACAUUUCAAAUAACGAAGGUAGUCUUAAUGUGUAGCCUUAGAGCAUUGCCUCUUGAUUGUAUUUCUAGAACGAUAUGAAAUAUGCAUAUAGAAUAUUUGUAGCUAUUCCCUAAUAAUUGAAUGGAUUGUUGAACUGAUAGAUUAUUGGGUUUGCUAUGUGUCUGAAAACAGAGACGUUUAUUCUGCAGCACCUGAGUAUCAUUUAAGUCAUAAAUGUGAACAGGAAGUAUUGCCAUAUAUGAAAGUAUUACAAUGUAAAAAUUUCAUCUUAAUGACACAACGUUGGGCAUUGUUUUUUCCUUAUAAAAGGUUCAUUUUUUUUCCUAUAUACCGUAGAAUAUAUUUCGAAGAUUCAGAGCACA